GCUGUCGCGUCGCUUCGGGGCUCAGCGAGCGGGUUCGCGCUGCCUCCGCCGCGGUGGGGCAGCCGGGGCUCACGGAGCCGAGCGGGGGGCGCGCGGCGACGCGGCCAUGGGACUGCGCCUGCUCUGGUAACAGCGGGGAGCGGAGCGGCCCGGGCCCUGAGCGCGUCUCCUGCGGGGGGCCUCGCCCUCCUGCUCGCGGGGCCGGGGCUCCUGCUGCCUUUGCUGGCGCUGCUGCUGGCGGCGGCGGCGGCCCGGAUCAUGUCUGGCCGCCGCUGCGCCGGCGGGGGCGCGGCCUGCGCGAGCGCGGUGGCCGAGGCCGUAGAGCCGUCCGCCCGCGAGCUGUUCGAGGCUUGCCGCAACGGGGACGUGGAGCGAGUGAAGAGGCUGGUGACGCCGGAGAAGGUGAACAGCCGCGACACGGCGGGCAGGAAGUCCACCCCGCUCCACUUCGCGGCAGGUUUUGGACGGAAGGACGUAGUUGAGUAUCUGCUUCAGAAUGGUGCAAAUGUGCAAGCACGCGAUGACGGAGGUCUUAUUCCUCUUCAUAACGCAUGCUCUUUUGGUCAUGCUGAAGUAGUCAAUCUUCUUUUGCAACAUGGUGCAGACCCAAAUGCUCGUGAUAAUUGGAAUUAUACUCCUCUCCAUGAAGCUGCAAUUAAAGGAAAAAUUGAUGUUUGCAUUGUGCUUUUACAGCAUGGAGCUGAGCCAACCAUCCGAAAUACAGAUGGAAGGACAGCGUUGGAUUUAGCAGACCCAUCAGCCAAAGCUGUUCUGACUGGUGACUAUAAGAAAGAUGAACUCUUGGAAAGUGCCAGGAGUGGCAAUGAGGAAAAAAUGAUGGCUCUGCUUACACCAUUGAAUGUCAACUGCCAUGCAAGUGAUGGCAGAAAGUCAACUCCAUUGCAUUUGGCAGCAGGAUACAACAGAGUAAAAAUUGUGCAACUGUUACUGCAACACGGAGCUGAUGUCCAUGCUAAGGAUAAAGGUGAUCUGGUGCCAUUACACAAUGCCUGCUCUUACGGUCAUUAUGAAGUAACUGAACUUCUGGUUAAGCAUGGUGCCUGUGUAAAUGCAAUGGACUUGUGGCAGUUUACCCCUCUUCAUGAGGCAGCUUCUAAGAACAGGGUUGAAGUGUGUUCUCUUCUCCUCAGUUAUGGGGCAGAUCCAACCCUCCUGAACUGUCACAAUAAAAGUGCUAUAGACCUGGCUCCCACGGCACAGUUGAAGGAAAGAUUGUCAUAUGAAUUUAAAGGCCAUUCGUUGCUGCAAGCUGCACGGGAAGCUGAUGUUACAAGAAUCAAAAAACAUCUUUCUCUGGAAAUGGUGAAUUUCAAACAUCCUCAAACACAUGAAACAGCACUGCAUUGUGCUGCUGCAUCUCCAUAUCCCAAAAGAAAGCAAAUAUGUGAACUGCUGCUAAGAAAGGGAGCAAACACCAACGAAAAGACUAAAGAAUUCUUGACUCCUCUGCACGUGGCUUCUGAGAACGCUCACAAUGAUGUUGUUGAAGUGGUGGUGAAACAUGAAGCAAAGGUUAAUGCUUUGGACAGUCUUGGACAGACAUCAUUGCACAGAGCUGCACACUGUGGUCAUCUACAGACUUGCCGCCUGCUCCUGAGCUAUGGGUGCGAUCCAAACAUCAUAUCUCUGCAGGGUUUCACCGCCUUGCAAAUGGGAAAUGAAAAUGUGCAGCAGCUGCUUCAAGAGGGCGUCUCACUAGGUCACUCAGAAGCAGACAGACAGUUGCUGGAGGCUGCCAAGGCUGGUGAUGUAGAGACUGUAAAGAAACUCUGUACUGUUCAGAGUGUCAACUGCAGAGACAUUGAAGGACGCCAGUCAACACCACUCCAUUUUGCAGCUGGGUACAACAGAGUGUCUGUGGUAGAGUAUCUGCUGCAGCAUGGAGCUGAUGUGCAUGCUAAAGACAAAGGAGGUCUUGUUCCUUUGCACAAUGCAUGCUCCUACGGACACUAUGAAGUUGCAGAACUUCUUGUCAAGCAUGGAGCAGUAGUUAAUGUAGCUGAUUUGUGGAAGUUCACACCUUUACAUGAAGCUGCAGCAAAAGGAAAAUAUGAAAUCUGCAAACUUCUGCUCCAGCAUGGUGCAGACCCUACAAAGAAAAACAGAGAUGGUAAUACUCCUUUGGAUCUCGUUAAAGAUGGAGAUACAGAUAUUCAAGAUCUACUUAGAGGUGAUGCAGCUUUGCUAGAUGCUGCUAAGAAAGGUUGUUUAGCCAGAGUAAAGAAAUUGUCUUCACCUGAUAAUGUAAAUUGCCGUGAUACCCAAGGUCGACAUUCUACACCUUUACAUUUGGCAGCUGGUUAUAAUAAUUUGGAAGUUGCUGAGUAUUUGUUGCAACAUGGAGCUGAUGUGAAUGCCCAGGACAAAGGAGGACUCAUUCCUUUACAUAAUGCAGCAUCAUAUGGACAUGUAGACGUAGCAGCUUUACUGAUAAAGUACAAUGCAUGUGUCAAUGCCACGGACAAAUGGGCUUUCACACCGUUACAUGAAGCAGCCCAAAAGGGACGGACACAGCUUUGUGCUUUAUUGUUGGCCCAUGGAGCUGAUCCUACUCUUAAAAACCAAGAAGGACAAACACCUUUAGAUUUAGUUUCAGCAGAUGAUGUCAGCGCUCUCUUGACAGCAGCCAUGCCCCCCUCUGCUCUGCCUACGUGCUAUAAACCUCAGGUGCUCAGUGGCGUGAGGAGCCCGGGAGCCACUGCAGAUGCUCUGUCCUCAGGCCCAUCCAGCCCAUCCAGCCUUUCUGCAGCCAGCAGUCUCGACAACUUAUCUGCAAGUUUUUCUGAACUCUCUUCAGUAGUUAGUUCAAGUACAACAGAAGGUGCUACCGGUUUGGAGAGAAAAGAGGAUUCAGGAAUAGAUUUUAGUAUAACUCAGUUCAUAAGGAACCUUGGACUUGAGCACUUAAUGGAUAUAUUUGAGCGAGAACAGAUUACCUUGGAUGUACUAGUUGAGAUGGGCCACAAGGAGCUGAAAGAGAUUGGAAUCAAUGCUUAUGGACAUCGGCACAAGCUAAUUAAAGGGGUUGAAAGACUGAUCUCUGGACAACAAGGUCUUAAUCCAUAUUUAACUCUAAACAACUCUGGUAGUGGAACAAUUCUCAUAGAUCUGUCUCCUGAUGAUAAAGAAUUUCAGUCUGUGGAAGAAGAGAUGCAAAGUACUGUUCGAGAGCACAGAGACGGAGGUCACGCAGGCGGCAUCUUCAACAGAUACAAUAUUCUCAAGAUUCAGAAGGUUUGUAACAAGAAAUUGUGGGAAAGAUAUACACACCGGAGAAAAGAAGUUUCUGAAGAAAACCACAACCAUGCAAAUGAAAGGAUGUUAUUUCAUGGGUCUCCUUUUGUGAAUGCAAUUAUCCAUAAGGGCUUUGAUGAAAGGCAUGCAUACAUAGGUGGCAUGUUUGGAGCUGGAAUUUAUUUUGCUGAGAAUUCUUCCAAAAGCAAUCAAUAUGUGUAUGGAAUUGGAGGUGGUACUGGAUGUCCAAUUCACAAAGACAGAUCAUGUUAUAUUUGUCACAGGCAGCUGCUCUUUUGUCGAGUGACCUUAGGAAAGUCUUUCCUGCAGUUCAGCGCAAUGAAAAUGGCCCAUUCUCCCCCCGGCCAUCACUCGGUCACUGGCCGGCCCAGUGUAAAUGGCCUAGCAUUAGCUGAAUAUGUUAUUUACAGAGGAGAACAGGCUUACCCUGAAUAUCUAAUUACUUACCAGAUUGUAAGGCCUGAAGGUAUGGUUGAUGGCUGAAACCAGUUCCCCCAAACAUAAUGUCCUGAAGCAGCUGAUGGCCUCUUAAGUUUCACUCCUUGGCGGGAAAAUAAUUCAUCCUGACUACAGGCCUGUGGCAAAACGAUAAAAUGUGAAAGAAGCCUAAUAUUGUGACUUGAUGAAGCUUUAACAGUGUACAGUGUUUCUGAGUGUUUCCUUUUCUCAGCACUUUAACAGAUGCCAUUCCAGGUUCAACUGGGUUUGUCUGUCCUAAAUUAUAAACAGUUAACUUGAAUCUUUUAUACGUUGUGCAUUGAUUCUAACAGAAAUGGUAAUCCCUCAACAGAACUCAUUUUACUAAUCAGUCCUGUGUUCUUUAAAACACAGCAUUUACACUGAAUACAAUUUCAUUUGUAAAAUGUAAAUAAGAGCUUUUGUACUAGCCCGAUAUUUAUUUACAUUGCUUUGUACUAUAAACUGUUCUAGAGCUGCAGCGGUUUACAGAGUAUUUUCAUAUGUGUUGCUCAUCUGUGUUUCAUCUGUCAUUGCCUGAGUGAUCGCUACGUUUGAUUCCAGAGGCUGCUUGGUUGCUAAUAAGAGAGUGGGGAAAUACUGACUUAACAAAUUUAAUUUGCUGAUAGAAGCAUUUCUCUAUCAAUAGAAAUCUUUCUCAUUUAAGAAUUUUACAAAAACUCUGGGAAUUUAAUUGGUGAUGCCUUUGUGUCUACAAGGCACACAUUCCAGAGAGCUCUGUGUGAGGUGACGGGGGACUUGUGGCUAGAGAAGCUUUUCAAUGGCCUUAAACUCUGGGUCUUGCUUUAGAGUGGACUCUGAUGUUCUCAACAUCAGAGCAGAGCUCCCUCCAAGUUUUGAAGAUGCUAAGCCCCAGCUUCUGAACACUUAGUGCUCUGGUCAUGAACUGUAAGUGUAAGGUAUAUUUCAGACUUGGGAAGGCAAUCAUGGAUAAUUUCCCAAUCAGAUCUAAUUACCUUAAAUCUAAAAUGGAGAAAUAGCAAGUCGGAGUGGAUUAGGUAUUUUUUUUUUAUUAUUAUUAUUUUUAAGUUUUUCUUGAUCUUAUGGUUAUAUUUAUAGUCAGUGUAUUUAUCAUUAGUAAACACAAUGUAAAACCAUAAAUGUGAGUGUGUCUGUGGGUAGCCUCUGGAAUGGGCAAGCCCAGUGCUUCCUGCUUCUGUCAAGGCAUUCUGCCCAGUUGGAAAAACAUUGUCACAGGCUUAAGUUCAGUAUGGCAGCUGUGGAAGAGAUUACUUUCCAUGAAAGGCCAUUUUACUAUUCUCUAGUGUAUCUCUAAUGGAAGCCUUACACUUAGCAUCUUGCAUUGCAGAGAGACCGGCCUUACUGCAUGGAAGUAGGGGUUUUUUUGGGGGGUUGUUUUUUGUUUUUUGUUUUUUUUGUAGGAAACUAUCAAAAGAACAAAUCCGAUAAAAUAAACAGUAAAAGAGAAAAUUGAAGAAUAUGUUAUGUACAGAUAGUUUUUGAGGUAAGUUAACAAAGACAGUUGAUAUACUCCUUGAUCUCCACAUUUUGAGUUUUCUGAUCAACAAGGGGCAGCUUGUCAUAUUCCUGGAGCACAGCCUGGAAUAUCUCAUUUCCAAGGAUAUUUGCAGGGCUAGUUUAGUUUCUAAGCUUGAGGGCAGAGCAGCCUUCUUGUAUCCAUUCCUCUGAAUGGUGUACUCUUCUUCCUUCCUUGUUAUGUACACAGAAUUUCUUAUGCACGAUGAUUUUAGGGUGCCGUUGGUACCCUGUGUUUUCCUGGGCUGCAGCAGACAGGAUGGCCGAGGAGGCUGUAGUGGCUGUCUGUGUUCGUGUGCGGCCCCUCAACCCCAGAGAAGAACUUGGAGAAGCUGCCCGCGUUUACUUGCUGUCGGAGUUGAAAUCUUUAUCAUCUGAGGUGGAAGCACUAAGGAAAGAGCUGCAUGAGAAAUCUGAAGAGCGAGCUAGGCAGGAGACUAGCACGCGUGUCAUCUGAGAGGCUUCCCCAACAGCUAGUAGAAACAGAUGCAGAAACCCACAGCAAAACAUUCAGCAGAGCUAGGAGAAAUCAAGGAGAGAUUUUUAUCCACUUAAGUUUUUGUAAAUGAGGAUGUCCUCUUCAGUCUCUAUAUCACUUUCUUUGUUUUACAUUUUAUUUGGUCUCUUAAUUACCUGGUCCUUUAUAGAAACUUGUACAUAGGGUUGCUCGGAAGUUAAGUUUCCCAUCCUAUGAGCUAAGAGAGGUAGGUGUAUGUCUGAAGUUGUUUCUAAGAUGUGAAUUGUGGUCAAGGAUUAAGAGGUCAAAUCCUGACAUGGAAAUGCUUUUAUACGGCUCUCUGCUAACUACAGAUAUCAUCCUAAAAUCAUUUCUUGAACAUAAAAGGAGUAUGCCAAAUUUUAUAUAAAAUUUUCAAGUUCUGUAAGCUUCUGGGUUUUAUAGUUACGGUAAUGAAAUUAAUGGGAUUUAUAUUUACGUACUUGGCCUAUGUUACUUGUGUGUGAAUCUGGAAUUGUUUUUUCAUGUAAAAUCAUGGUCUGGUUAUAAGCUGUGUUACCUCCUAACCCAUUGCUUCCGUGUGUUUCCACUGUGGUCAGUAUGCUGGCAUGGCAAUGUUUAUUGGGAAUUUGGGGGGUGUGGUUUAGUGCUUUGCAUGAAAUAUCUUACUUUAUAAUGGUGGAAUUGCUUUUUUUUUGCCUUGUGAUUUUUUUUUGAAGUGAAAUUUAAUUUGUGUGUGUGUGUGUGUGUGUGUGUAGUGUUCUGCCCAUCUGAGUGUCUACUUGUAUCACAUUCCAUGCCCUCACUUAAUUCUUAAUAAACUGUUUACUUGUUUUCUGGGUAGCAUGGUAAUUCAUUGAGAUUACAGUAAAUUGUAAUUGCAAGAGAACAGUGUAGUGUUGAGUCUGUAAUCGUGACAGGGUGCAGCAUAAAUGUAAAAUGUUGAAUGUUGUGGCCAUACUUGCUCAGAUGCUUCAUGAUGAUGGUAAGAUGUUUGGGCGUUUACACCAUUCAGUAUGACUUUGGUAGUCCUUAAAAUUCAUUCAUGAAAAUCAGUCUGCUUAACUUAUAAAGAGAAAUAUAUUUUUGUUUUCUAUGUCAUAAAAACAUUCUUGAUAAGUUUUCAAAUCCCAGUUAGUCGUAUUUUUUUCUCUAAAAGGAAAAAAAGUAGUGUAUUUUAUAUUUCCAUAUGCUAAUGACCUGUAUGUAAUUAGUCCUCAGUGUUCCAUAAGAAGAGAGUGAUGGUACAAGUGUCCCUAAGUCUCACUUUUGAAGUCUAUAUAAGCUGCUUUACCUUCUUGCUUCUUUUAAGAUGAUACUGAAGUGUUUGCUUGCUGUUUGCUGAGCGUGCAUGCCCACGUAUGAUGUGAUCCAAUUGUUUGCAGGUUGAGGCAAGAAAACAUGCAAAUAAACUUCCCAAAGCGCUUAACAAUUA